AUUUUUCAUAUCAAGUUGAACGGGUGAAUUGGUCUUUUAUUCAAUAAAAGUCUACUUAUUAGACUCUUUUUAAAAGGUCAAUAAUGAUAUAUUAAUCAUUAUAUUAGUUUGGGUUAGUCUACGACUAUGGAUAGUAAAUGGUUAUGGACCAUACAUAUAUGGUCCAUUUAUUACCCAUAUGAAUGCACAGUUUUGUAUGUUUUCGAAUGGCCAUUGCUGGCAACUAAGCAAGUGUUAUAAUAAUGAUGCCUAUAAAUACCUUUCACUUAAUAAACAUCUCUAGUUAAGAUACAACUCCUAUAAAUUUUCUAUAUUUUAUAAAGUUCAUAGUUGUUCAAUCCAAACUAAAAUAGCGUAUUAUUUCUCAUUUUUCUAAACAAUCUUCAGUUUUAAUGGAUAAAAAAGAGAAAAUUGUACGGUUUAUGCGACAAUUGAAAUUAGAUAAUAAAAAGUGUGUGCUAUGUAAGAAAGUAUUUAAGAAUGAAAAAUCCAAAAUCAAAUUUCAUAAUUGCGGUUGUGUUGUACAUUACGAAUGUUUUUAUAAGAAUAAUAAGGUUAUCAAUGAUAAAAUUUUAUGUCCCGAGUGUCCUCCUCUUCUUACUCAACCAAAGCGGUAUCACAUGUGCACUCCAAAUUUUAAUAUUGGAUCUUCAUCACGGUCAUCUUUCAAACAUAGAGAAAAAAAUACUUCAACCAGCAGCAGAUGUGAGAGAGUUCGAAGCCAUGAUGGGAGAAGUCGAGGCGGAGCCGACUCCUUAAAAUCCGUAUAUGUGGAUCACUCGCUGCGCCAUAAUUCAAUGAAUAAAAUGAGUGUGCAUCAACCUGAAGAGGAAGAUGAGGAACACGGUGUAGAUGAAGAUGACGACGAUGAUGAUAGUAGUGUUGAUGAACGUGAAGACCAGAACCAGAAUGAGGAGAAAGAAAAAGAUGAAUAUGUCAAAGACGACGAUGAUGAAGACAGCGAUGAAGGCGGCGAAGAAGAAGAAAAUGAUGAAGAAGGUGACGAUGAAGAUGGCGAUGAUGACGAAAACAACGACGACAAUGAUGAUGAUGAUGAUGAUGAUGAUGAUGAUGAUGAAGAUUAUGGUAAGGACGAUGAUGAUGACGGAGACAAUGAUAGUGAAGACGACGAUGAAGAUGAUGAUAAAGACGAUGAAGAUGAAGAUGACGAAGACAAUGAUAGCGAAGACGAAGAUAAUGAUAGUGAAAAUGACGAUGGUGAAAACCACGAUGAAGAAGACGAUAGCGAUGAAAACGAUGAUGAUGAUGAAGACGACGACAAUGAAGAUGACGACGAGGAUGAUAAUGAUGGUGAUUAUGCAUGAUGACUCAGAAGAAUAACAAUUUAUUGUAAUUUAAAUUUCGAGAAUUAAAAAGAUUAAAAUUAUUUUGUAUACGUUAUUAUUUUGUGGAGGCUUAUUAAUGGAUAAAUGUUUGGAGUUUAUAUUUCAAGUUCU